CUUACUACUUCUGAAUAAUUGCGUAAGUUGAAGUGCUUUUUUUUUUAAAUUAUAAUUUUUGAUAUCUGUUAUCACAAAUCUCAUAACUUUUUACAAAUUCUUUUAUACAUAUUAUAACGAUAAAUCUAAUAAAUAAUAAUAAAAUCACAAUCAAUCCAUUAUUCAAGUAAAUUAAUUUUAUCUUUAUUCGAAGGAUAAGAGUUACACUUAAGAUUUUUGAUCUUAUUAGUAGAAUAUUUAGCUUUGGAUAAGAAACACGCAAAAAUGAAGACUACGUGGAUAUUUUUAGGCCUUUUUUUAAUUUGUGCCAAUGUCAAAAUUAUUUUGGGAUUCGAUUCGACAACUGGUCUCUACUCUUCUUUUAUAACGAAUCAGUGGCCAGAAGAAGUAAUUGAAAAAUUUAGGGAACAUAAGACACUCUUUGCGGUACUGACUGGAAAAUAUUUAAAGGAUGAUAUGCUUUCUUGUGUUGCAUGCAAUUUAUUAUUCACCGGAAUACUUUUAGAAAAGAACUAUGAUAUGACUAGUAUUCAAUUAUCAUCUGAAGCUGAAUAUUUCUGUGAGAUAUUAGGCUUAGAAUCUACAAAUGUCUGUGACGGUGUUAUAUACCCUCAUGUAGAUGUUCUUAGCUAUAUAAUCGACAACAAAAAGGAAGUUAAUAGUCAGCAAAUAUGUAGUCUCAUAAUGAAAUGCGACCAGGGCAACGAAACGUUUAAUUGGACCAUAGAUAUUCCCGAUGGUACACCGGCCGAAAAAGUUCCAGAUGGUAACACUACCUUUAAAGUUGGUCAUAUAACGGAUAUACAUUUUGAUCCUUUAUAUACGGAGGGUAAAGUUGCAGACUGUCAUGAACCCUUAUGUUGUCAAAAUGAUCAAGCAGAUGCCACAAAAGGAGAGGAUGCUUGCGGACAUUUUGGUACAUAUAAACAAGCUGAUGCGCCCCAAGUAUUGCUUGAGGAGGCUUUAGACCAACUUGCACAACAGAAACCAGAAUUCGUUUACUUUACUGGAGAUUUAGUGAGUCAUCGUGUUUGGGGAACCAGUCCUGAAUUUAAUGGGAAUAUAAUUAAAAAGGCAAUGGGUUUAUUUGCUGAAAAACUUGGAAAUAUUCCUGUGUAUCCCAUACUAGGAAACCAUGAAGCUCAUCCUGUUAAUCUGUAUGCUCCAUUGGAUACAUCGGAAGAUGAAAUAUCUUCAGACUGGUUAUACGAUGUGAUUUUAGAUACCUGGACCGAACAUGACUGGUUAGAUAAAGAAGCUGUAAAGAAAACUAUUCUUGCAGGUGGUUACUAUACAGUCAAGACCGCCAGAGGUCUACGACUUAUUGUUUUGAACAAUAACGUUUGCUCGAGAGAAAAUUGGUGGAAUUUAUAUAAUAGCGAAGAUCCUUACGGGCAACUCAAAUGGUUAGCUGAUACCUUGCUGGAAGCUGAAAAAAAUAAGGAGAUUGUUCAUAUUUUAUAUCACAUUCAAACAUCCUCUUGUAUUGGAAGUUGGGGACGAGCAUACAAUCAAAUCUUAAAAAGAUUCCAGAACACAAUCGCAGCCCAAUUCAAUGGUCAUACUCACAGGGACCAAUUCUUCAUACAUUAUGAUAAUGACACUAAUGAGAACAAUAUGAGUACACCGAUUGGGGUUACGUUUAAUGGUGGAUCCCUAAUGCCCGAUGAAGCUAAUCCCAACUACAAGAUAUUAUCAAUCGAUGCUAACAGCUUUAACGUCAAAGAUUUCGAAACCUACACAUUUGAUUUAGAUGAAGCAAACAAGAACCAAAAAAUAGACUGGAUAAAGCUCUAUUCAUUUAAAGAUUCUUUCCACGUUGAUAGUUUAUCACCAGCAGAUCUUAGCGAUUUGGUAAUAAAUAAAAUGAAAAAUGACACAGUAGUGGAUCUAUACAACAGAUUUUUCUACCGUGGCAGUUCAAAGGCUAACCAGACAUAUGUCGGUCGGGAUUUAAGAUGUCAGAUUUUAUUGACUGUGGAGGGAGAAGCUGAUAUGUGCAACCACUUGUAAUAAUUUUUUAUUAAAAUAUUAUUCAUUACUUCUUAUGCAGUCAGAAUAAAAAAAGUUAUUAAUUAAA